CAUGAGCCUAUGCGCCCCCCAAGUUUAGGGGCCGUUUUAAAUGUCUCUACCCCGACUAGAGGUUAAGAAACUCCAGCUUUUGGCCGGGCGCGGUGGCUCACGCUUGUAAUCCCAGCACUUCGGGAGGCCGAGGCGGGCGGAUCACGAGGUCAGGAGAUCGAGACCACGGUGAAACCCCGUCUCUACUAAAAGUACAAAAAAAUUAGCCGGGCGUGGUGGCGGGCGCCUGUAGUCCCAGCUACUCGGAAAGCCUGAGGCAGGAGAAUGGUGUGAACCCGGGAGGCGGAGCUUGCUUGCAGCGAGCCGAGAUCGCGCCACUGCACUCCAGCCUGGUAGACAGAGACAGACUCCGAAUCAAAAAAAAAAAAAAAGAAACUCCAGCUUUUUUUCCCCUGGCUGGCAGCGCGGAGGCCGCACGAUGCCUGGAGUUACUGUAAAAGACGUGAACCAGCAGGAGUUCGUCAGAGCUCUGGCAGCCUUCUUCAAAAAGUCCAGGAAGCUGAAAGUCCCCGAAUGGGUGGACACCGUCAAGCUGGCCAAGCACAAAGAGCUUGCUCCCUACGGUAAGAACUGGUUCUACACGCGAGCUGCUUCCACAGCGCGGCACCUGUACCUCCGGGGUGGCGCUGGGGUUGGCUCCAUGACCAAGAUCUAUGGGGGACGUCAGAGAAACGGCGUCAUGCCCAGCCACUUCAGCCGAGGCUCCAAGAGUGUGGCCCGCCGGGUCCUCCAAGCCCUGGAGGGGCUGAAAAUGGUGGAAAAGGACCAAGAUGGGGGCCGCAAACUGACACCUCAGAGACAGAGAGAUCUGGACAGAAUCACCGGACAGGUGGCAGCUGCCAACAAGAAGCAUUAGAACAAACCAUGCUGGGUUAAUAAAUUUCCUCAUUCUUAAAAAAAAAAAAAAAAGAAA